AUGCCUUCGCCAGGAUACCAGGACUCUGGGGCCGACAUCGCCUAUACUUUACAGCAGAAAGGAGUAAGAGUCAUCACACGCACCUCGUCACCACAAGUUUCGGUUCAUGAAGGCUGGGCCUUUCCUGACACUGAGGAAGGGAUAUACUCGGCAGUCCAGCAAGGAGCCACGCAUCUGUGGGCCAAUACUAUCUUGUUUGGUUCUCACCCAAUCCAAACAAUGGACAAGUUGACCCCUCUAGCAACGGAUAUCUACGUUGUUGGGCAACCGCCUGGUUUAGUUGAAAAUUUCGACGACAAGGCCUAUCUGAACAAUAAGCUGCGCGAAAUUGGCGGCUAUACUUUACCGUCUUCGUGGACUGUGACGUCAAAAAAUUGCAACGAGGUUCUUCGGCAAAUCAAUACAUAUCCGGUUGUCGGAAAGCCUGUACGAGGCCGGGGAAGUCACGGCGUGAAAGUGUGCCAUGAUCUAGUCCAGCUGCAACAACACGUACAGGCUCUGUUUAUCGAGUCUCCUUUUGUCAUGCUAGAAGAGUUCCUGGCGGGACAAGAAGCGACGAUUACGGUAAUGUCUCCAACUCCAGCUCGACCUCAAUACUGGAGCAUGCCACCAGUAGUGAGGUUCAACCAUGAGUCUGGGAUCGCCCCUUAUAACGGAACCGUGGCAGUGACUGCGAAUUCCAGAGUUGCCACAGGAGAUGAAAUGAAGGAUCCUACAUAUAACAAUGCUAUGCGUCAAUGUGAAGCCGUCGCUGAACUGAUUGGCGCUACGGCCCCGAUUCGAGUGGACCUGCGUCGAUUUAGAGAAGGUUCGGAAUUUGCUCUUUUCGACAUCAAUAUGAAGCCGAACAUGACUGGUCCAGGUCGUCCAGGGCGUGAAGACCAGGCAAGCUUGACUGCUAUCGCAGCAGCAGCCGCGAUGGGCUGGGACUAUGGGACUCUGCUGCAAAACAUUCUUUGGGGGGCUCAAUCACUGAGCACCUUCAGACAGUAUAGUGUGCAAGAAAUGAAAUUAUAUAUUAGGUCAAGCUCUGUGUGGGCCCUAGGAAAAGGUCAACACGUGACGACCCAGGAACGGAAGGAAGCCGCCAGGACAUCAAUCCUCGCAGUCUUUGACUUCAUCCUAUUACGUUUACCACCAAUUCAUGUCCAACAGUCAAUUCCGCGACAAAGAGCAAUCAUGUCGGCCAGCAACGAACCCGGCCUCCAUAUCGUGGCCGCCGCCGCCGACGAUGUCGAAAGGACAGGAAGCUUAGACCACGACAAAAAGGAUACACUGGACGUGUCGCAAGCGGCGGAUAUUGUCGAGGAGGGCUCUAUUGUUGCGCCUGAUCAGUUUGAUGAGAAAUACCAGACGACGAAAAAGGAGAUUUGGGCCUAUUAUGCUUACUACAUUGGCAACAAUGGAUUGUCCUUGUUCAGUGCGCUCGCUCUUUUAUUUGCUCGUUUUGCGCUCGUCGUGGUCGCUAACAUAUCAUGUCUAGAUUUCGCCCCGACAGCCUUUCAGAACCUGCUGUCGCAAGCCGCCGAUUCAGACGGCCUGCUGAUGUUCGCGGGCAAGAUGCGCUCCAUCAACAGCAUUGUACUCCUCAGCAACGGAAUCUCUUUUGCCAUCCAGAUCGUCGUGUUCCUGAUCAUCGGAUCCUUUGCUGAUUUCGGCCAAUGGCGACCCAAUAUCCUGAUCGUUUUAUCGAUUAUCGCGUGGGCAAUCGGCCUUGGAUGGCUCGGCGUGCAUGAUCCAAGCAAAUGGGAGGCCGCUACGGGCUUGUACAUUAUCGGUUUGAUCGCAUACCAGACGACUUUGACCUUUUGGACAGCAGCAUUCCCAGGACUGGCACGCAACACGGCAGAAAUGAAACAGAAAGCUGAGGAUCUGGUGGCUGGCACAAUCACCCGCGAUGACUAUGACUUUGCCGACACUAUGAAACGUAGCCAACUGGCCAAUGUUGCUUUUUACAUUCAGUCCGUGGGCGAAAUCUUUAUUCUUGCGGUAAUUGUCGGUAUCAUGUUCGGGGUAGAUGUCAAUGCGAGCACGGAGAACAACAACUGGGGUUUGAGUGUGCUAAUUGCGUUUGCCUCUGGUGUCUGGCUGUUGGUGGCCAUGCCGUGGUUUAUUUUCGAAAAACGACGACCGGGACAAGACCCAGCGCCGAGGAACAUCAUUACGGCUGGAAUAUGGCAGCUGUACAACGCAGCUAGUCAAAUUCUCCGCCUCAGACAGAGUUUGAUCUACCUGAUUGGAUACUUUCUCCUGGGCGAUUCUCUCAACACGACCGUGACGGUGAUUGCAACACUUCAGAAUAGUAUUGUCGCCUACAAUACUUUGCAAUUAACCUACCUCCUCAUCGUCGGCAUUGCAGCGCAGGGCGUCGGCAUCUACACCUUUUGGUUCAUCCAAAAGCGUUUCAACCUCGGCACCAAAACCAUGUUCAACACCAUCGCCGUCGCCAUCAUCCUGCUCGACGGCUGGGGCAUGGUCGGCAUCUGGACGCAGCGCUUCGGCUUCCACAACGAGUGGGAAGUAUGGGUCUACCAAACUUUUUACGGCCUGUUUGUGUGCCCCUGGUACUCGUACAGUCAAAUCAUGAUCUCCGAGGUCACCCCGCGCGGCAAGGAGUUUUUGUUCUUCUCGUUAUUCAGCAUCAUCGGCAAGACUUCUUCGUUUAUCGGACCGAUUGUAUCGAGUGCGAUUAUCGACGCGAGUCCAUCGGGAAAUAAUUCCAUGCCGUUUUAUUUCUUGUUUGCGUUGAGUUUGGUGAGUUUUGGGCUGUUGUUGUUCUUUGUGGAUUUGAAGAAGAGUAGGAAAGAGCAAGAGGCGUUUUUGGAGGAGGAGAAGAGGAGGUUGAAUAAAUAG